UGUUCUUAACAGGGGUCUCGAGCGGAGAGAAAAGCAGAGACGGCGGCGGCGAUCCGGCAUGGAGUUUUUGACUCAGCCAUUCGGCAGAUCCAGUGUCAUUGAAGAAGUAGGAGAGAGCUUGGUGCCGUCCCCUGUGGCGAGGGCGCCGACGGGAUGCGGUAUGCUGGAGGAGCCGAGUAUGGCGGUCAGAUCCACUGUCCUUGAGGAACUAGGAGAUUGCUUGAUGCCGGACGCUGUGCUGCCUUGUCUGAGGGGAGAUGGUACGGUGGAAGAGCAGCAAGUGGCUGAGCGGCCAGGAGCGGUUGACAGCACGGACGCUCAGGUUUUCGCCGCCAAUGAAGCCCUGGUGUGCAAGAGGGAUAAUUCACCUCCAGCGUCGGAGCUGUCAACUAUGAAGAUGAAUCUCCUGGUUGGAACUAGAGGCUGAGAAUUGGGGCUGCCGCACCGAGCAGAACACCCUGCCCCAUAUCGUGUCAGCGCUUUUGAGAAGGCUAUUAGGAGUUAUGCCGACAACCCAGCUGAGAAUGUGAUCACACCAGUGAUUGGCGCUACUUUUGACUCUUUGGGUGGGGCUUAUGACUUCUAUAAUUUGCUUCAUGAGAGAAAGGCUUCAGCAUCCGAUAUGCGAAGAGCCGGCUGAAUCUCGAGAGGACGAAAUGCAAGCAGUAAAUAGUGUGUGGUUGCUCGGUGAGUAUAAAAGUGUGCUUGCCGAUUCACAUAAUCUCCUCAGUGGUGUGAAUGUUUCAACUGACUGAAGUUUUUGAACAAUUAUGUACGGCAAAGCUGGUGUUGAGAACAUGAGGUCUUAUCGCUGCGAAUGCCCGGCUUUGAUAAGGCUCCUAUGAUUAGAGGACAAUGGGUGGUAUAUUGCAGAACACGGAGAGAAUCACAACCACUCGCUUUCUCCUAAUUUUGGCGAGACAAUCCAUUUGCCAUCACACAAGCACAUAGAUGUGUACACCAGGGAUCUUGUGAAGCAGCUAAGGCAGAACAAUGUGAAUCUUGCUAAGGUAUACUGUACCAUUGGAGGCUUUUUUUGGCUCAAUGGGAAAUGUUCGGUUCAGGAGAAAGCCUUUGCGUAACCGGGGGGAUCAAUAGGGACCACGCAGAUGAUGAUGUGAGGAAGACAAUGGAUGUUUUCUCAGAGAUUGGAGCAAAAGAACCCCAUUUACAUAUAGGAUUCAGGCUGACAGUGAGGGGAGGAUUAAGAGUCUGAUGUGGGCAAGUGGGAGCAGCAAGCUUCAGUACUCCUUCGGAGAUGUCAUAAAAUUCAAUACCACGUAUAGGACCAACCUGUACGACAUGCCUUUCGGCCUAUUUGUUGGACGGAGUUAACAAUCAUUAUCAGAGUGUGAUCCUCGCUGGUGUGCUGGUUCGUGAUGAGACACAAGAAAAUUUUGAGUGGGUAUUCUCAGAAUUCCUUAGAAUGAUGGAUAGUUAAAGAAAUUUUAUGUGAUAUGGUCCAUAGUAUUAAUCCUGGAAAUUAUGUGUCUAUCAAUCAUGCAGACAAAAAAUUGUGCCAGGGAGCUAGCUAUUAAGAAGAUCAUGCCGGACGCAACGAGUGGCAUGUCUUGAAGAAAGCGAAGGAGUCAUUGGGUCGUUUGUAUACAAAGAAAAGCGACUUUACAACUAAAUUUCAUAAGGUGGUGAACCGUAUGCUCACGGAGGAUGAACUUGAGAAGGGUGGGAAAUGUUGCUGGAUAAAUACAAGCUGAGGGAACACCCAUACAUGACACAACUGUUUGAGAUUCGGAAGAAAUGGGCGAAGCAUUAUUUUAAGGGAGUUUUUUGUGCGAAAAUGACCAGCACACAUAUGAGUGAGAAGUGUGAACCACAUGUUAAAAGAAUUACGUGUCUCCCGGGUGCCCAAUGCAGAUGUUUGUGCAGAAGUAUAUGAGGCUUCAGUUUGACCGGGAGUCAGAGGAAAACUAUGGGGAAGAAAGAACGAGAAUUUUAAGCCUGAGUAUUCUUUUCUGUGCAGCUACUAGCUAGGCUU